UCGUGACAUCUGUGUACUAUCAAAAAUUGGCAGUAUUAUUAUAUCAAAAUGAUGGAUUAGCCAAGCCCGAUGUGGAUGAUCCGGAUCAACAGCAAGAAGCGUCUUGUUAUGUAAUAACCGGAGGUAAAAACGAAGUGGUUCCCGACAGUACUGAGCGUGGAUAG